AUGGGGAAAAAUCAAGCCUACAAAGCUAUGCAGAGAGCUAGGCUUGGCGGUGCCUCCGGCGGCCCUGACGAGGUUGAAGAUGGCAUGGUGGAUGGUUCAUUUCAUUCACCAGAGUGGCAUGCUGCCCGUUUGGCUAGCCUUAAAACCUCUCACACAAUCACCUGGGAAGAAUACAAAAAGAAACAAAAGGAAGAAGAACUGAAAAAAGGGGAGCUGGAAGCAGAUGCUGAUAGGAUGAUGAGGGAGUACAGGGCUCAACUAGAUGCUGAAAGGGCUCGCAAACUUUCCCAGGGAAGAAAUCACUCUAGUAGUAAGUCUAAACAUUCAAAAGAUAAGAGGGACAAAAUUUCGAAGAAGCAUAGUAGCAAAAAACGAAAGCAUUCAAGAAGAUCUUCUCCAUCAAGCUCCUCUUCAUCAUCCUCAUACUCUUCCAGUAGUGAAGAUGAAGAGAGAUCGUCAAGAAGAUCCAAGUCCAGGUCUAAGCGAUCAAAGAAGGAGAAGAAGUACAAGUCAAAAAGCAAGGAUUCUGGAUCCGAUAGUGAAGAUGGUGGCGGACCAGUUCCCCUAUCAAAAUUCUUCGGGACAUCAAGAGUUGAUAGUGGUUAA